ACCGCCUUAUUAUUAUUGUCACUAAAAUACUCAGCCAAUCACUCAAGAGCAAGAGAUUGGAUAAGGCGAUUUCCCGCCCUACGCACUCCUCAGCUGGUUACCGCACCCAAGCCGGAUUCAUAUGAACACUUUUACAGUAUCAUCACGUCGGAUUGCGCAUGAAAUCAACCACCCAAUUACUGGGAAUUCAUCCAAUUUCAUUGUUAAUUUUAUAGUGUAUACAUAAUAGAUGAGUUCAAUUUCUUCGUCGACACCUUUGCAACUUCAAUUCGUCAGCAGAACUCGUCCCUUUCUGAGUUCACUUCAACCGCCGUCGUCUCUCACCGUUCACCGGCGGAGCCACUCUGUGCUUCGUCGAUGCGCGAUUGCAGUCAAGAUCAGCUCCGAAGAUUGUUGUGCUCGCAACGCGCAGGAUGCUCUUAGCUCGGAGCUUCUAAGGAAACCGGUGGCUACGUCGGUGGAGUCUGCCGGAGAGGGAGAGUCAACGGAGGAUGGGUGUUACGGUGAAAGUGAGGAUAUUGGCAAAGAGGAGUUGGUUGAUUGGGAGAACCAGAUUUUGGAGGAAACUGUCCCGCUUGUAGCUGUUGCUCGGAUGAUUCUUCAUUCUGGAAGAUAUGAAGUUGGUGAUAGGCUAAGCUUUGAGCAUGAAAACAUUUUGUUGGAAAGCUUUCUUCCAUAUCAUCCAGAGUAUGAAAAGAAAAUUGGCUGCGGUGUCAACUAUAUUACGAUAGGAUACCACCCAAUUUAUGGAAAAUCGCGAUGUCUAUUCUUAGUGCGUGAAGAUGGAGAGUAUGUUGAUUUCUCAUACUGGAAGUGCAUAAAGGGUUUGAUCAGGAAGAAGUAUCCACAUUAUGCUGAAACCUUUAUUCUCACACAUUUUGAUAAGAGUAAGCGUCAGUGAGGGUAUAUAUUUGACUUGUAGCUAUCCAACUUUUAUCAAUUUACAGAAAGAAAUUAUUGGACCUAUUGAUUUGAGCAACCAACAUUUUAAGGACGAUGACGUAAAGUGCUGUAUCUAAUACCGCUUGUAGUAAAAGUUAUUCGUAUUUACGCUCUGCAAAUAUGAUAACGUGGUAUCUUGAAUCUUGAAAGUGAUGCUUGGUAAAUUGUCAAGUUAUGAAUUCAGGCAGGUUUUGUCAUACUGGUUUUGCCCAAAUGAAUUUGCAAUAAAAGUUUGUACGGUUUAG